AUGGCCUCCCGCCGGGCGCUCCACAUCUUCACGCCCUCCCGCCCGGUGAUGCACAUCCUCACGCCCUCCCGCGGCAUCGCCUCGACCCCGCACCUCUCGUCCUUCGGCUGGUUCGACAAGAUCAAGUCCACCAUCACUGGCAAGAAGCCCGAGGAGGGCUCCGAGGCGUCCUCCUUCACCCUCAUCCAAUUCGCGGACACGAUGGAGAAGGCGAGGAAGCUGGGCACGUUCAAGAACUUCGUCGCCGGGCGGGCCAGCGAGGCCACCGUCGUCAACGCCUUCGAGAAGCACUCCGCUGUUCUGCGCUACCUCGGUGCCAUCGACCCCACCGGCGAGAAACUCCGAAACACUGACAAAAUUAACGCGACCAAGCACUGCAACUGUACGAUUGCUGAGGUGGAGCACAUUCUGGCCAAGUACACAUGGGCUAAAGAGGCUCAGAAGAAGAUUGAAAAGCUCAAGGAAGAAGGGAAGCCAUUACCGAAGUCAUUUAAUGAGGUCCAAAAUCUAAUGGGUUCUACACCAGUGGAUGUCGGCAGAACUAAUCUGGCAAAAAGUGGUCAGAUAAGUAGGAACGCCCUCUGCCCAUGUGGUUCUAAGAAACGAUAUAAAAGUGUCAUGUGCUGUAAUGCCUUAAAUAUGGUUAUUUGUGGAUGA